AUGGACAGAAACGUCAAUCUCUCCUCCCCCCCUUCCUCACCAGGGCUUUUCCUCCACUUCCCCCCAGGACCCCCAGCCGCCCCUGCGGGGGGAACGGGGCGAAGGCGAGCCCCCUGGGACCUGAAGGGGCAGAUCAGCGACCUCCAGGCCAAGGUGGGAGGCUACAAGGAGAGGGUCCAGGGCCUGGCGGGGGAGAACGAGUCCCUGAAGAGCCAGCUGGGGGAGCUGCAGCAGGAGCUGACGGACGCCACCAGCCAGAAGGGGGAGCUGGGCGGCCGGGCCAGCCGCCUGGCUUCGGAACUGGAGAUCUUGCGAGAGGAGGCCAGGGAGAGCGGCCAGAAAGUGUCGGAGCUGCUGGAGAAGGAAGAGCGGCUGGAAGGAAGGUGCCGGAGCCAAGCCGAGAGGAUCGGGCAGCUGGAGGCCCUCAACCGGGAGCUCACGGAGGGCAGCCGGGAACAGUCCAUCCGGCUGAAGGCCAGAGAGGAGGAGCUCCUGCUGUCCGAAGAGAGCCUGGCGGGGCAACGGCAGCUGAACGAGGGGCUGAGGGCCCGGCUGGAGGUGCUGGAGGAGCAGCUGCACCAGGGGGAGAUGGAGCGACGCUGCUUGCACAACGCACUGCAGGAGCUGAAGGGGAACAUCCGUGUCUUCUGCCGAGUGCGGCCCUUGCUGGCCAGCGAGAGGCAGGCCCAGAAGGCCGCCAGCCACCUGCGCUUCCCGGCUGACAACAACAAGGGCCUUGUGCUCUCCAGGGCAGAGGAGUCCCACGUGGGCCGUGAGCGCAAGGAGGACAUCAACUACGACUUCACCUUCGACCGGGUGUUUCCUCCCUCCAGUUCCCAGGAGAGCGUCUUUGAGGAGAUCUCCCUGCUUGUUCAGUCAGCCUUGGACGGGUAUCAUGUCUGCAUUUUCGCCUACGGGCAGACGGGCAGCGGGAAGACGUACACCAUGGAGGGACCCGAGGACCAGAACCCUGAAACGGCAGGCAUGAUCCCUCGAGCCGUGCAGCAGAUCUUCGCAGCCUCCCGCGAGAUGGAGACCAAGGGGUGGAAGUACCAAUUCACAGCCAGCUUCCUGGAGAUCUACAAUGAGUCGCUGCGGGAUCUUCUGGUGCUGCGGCCAGAGCAGAACGGGGAGCUGGAGAUCCGCCGCGUGAGCCAGCUGACGGAGGAGCUGCACGUCCCCAACCUCUCCUGCGUCUCGGUCUCUUCCCAGGAGGAGGUCCUGAGGCUGCUGCACACGGCCAGGGCCCACCGCUCCGUGGCCAGGACCAGCCUGAACGAGCGCUCCUCCCGCAGCCACAGCCUCUUCCAGCUCCGCCUGGAGGGCACCAAUGCCAAGCGGGGGCUCCACACCUCCUCCGUGCUGAGCCUGGUGGACCUGGCGGGCAGCGAGCGGCUGGACAAGUCCCUGUCCAUGGGGGAGCGGCUGAAGGAGACGCAGGCCAUCAACACCAGCCUCUCCACCCUGGGCCUGGUCAUCACCGCCCUCAGCAACAAGGAGGCCCACAUCCCCUACCGGAACAGCAAGCUGACCUACCUGCUCCAGAACUCCCUGGGGGGCAGCUCCAAAAUGCUGAUGUUUGUGAACAUCUCCCCCCUGGAGGAGAACUUGGGCGAGUCCCUCAACUCCCUCCGCUUCGCUAGGAAGGUGAACGAGUGCGUCAUCGGCACAGCCUCCAGCAACCGGAAGUGAGGGGGGGUCUCUCCACCAACCCCCCCCCCCCGUCCUCCCCCCAGUUGUCUUCUGUGGUUUUUUUAAUUGUUUUACUGCUUGUGUGUGUCUUUUGUGUGUCCCUUGGCUGUGAAAGUUUUUUUUUCUGAAUAAAAAGAGGCAAAUCUCCAA